CGCCCGCCUCAGCUCAUCCCUCGCCAGCCCCAGUUCAGCCCUAGCGCAUCCCUCGCAGCCCCAUCUCAUCCCCUCGUAGCCCCAUCUCAUCCCUCGCCCCAUCUCAUCCCCUCGCAGCCCCAGCGCAUCCCUCGCCCGCCCCAGCUCAUUCCUCUCUCGCCUCAGUUCAGCCUGGCGCAUUCCUCGCCCCAUCUCAUCCCUCGCAGCCCCAUCUCAUCCCCUCGCAGCCCCAUCUCAUCCCCUCGCUGCCGCAGCUCCGCCCGCUCGGAGCCGCCCGUACCGCCCCGGUGCCGCGGGAGCGGAGGCUCCGGGCGCCGCACGAUGAGCGCCGAGUGCAGCAGCUACCUCAACGCCGACAAGGUGCUGGUGAGCGCUUUCAGCUGCCCCAGGAGCGGCGGCGACGCCCGCGCCGUCUACUGCUGCGGCUUCCAGGACGUGAAGUACUGCUGCGAUGACCCGCACAGCUUCUUCCCCUACGAGCACAGCUACAUGUGGUGGCUCAGUGUUGGAGCACUUGCGGGUCUGUCGAUAGCAGCAGUGGUCCUCUUUGCCUUUAUCAUCACUGUGUGUGUUCUCUGUUAUUUGUUUAUCAGCACGAAGCCACGCAGCAAACUGGAUACUGGUUUAAGCUUGCAGAUGGCAGACACUGAGACUAGAGGGGGUUCGGUAUGUUGAAAAACAGGCACUGGAUGGAUUCUGCCAAUGCUGCAAUGAAAAUAGAUAUUGAGCUGCAUCCUUCACAAGGCCCUCACUGAAUCAAUCUGUUGACAAAGACAAGUGGCUUCAAGAGAUUUCCUGAGCCACAGGGAUGAACUGUGACUGUGAGCCACAAGAACCUGACUCACUCUUCCAGAGGUGUUUCCUGGUGAUUACAUCCGCUGUCAAUGGAUGUCAAUAUCAAGCUAUGCCAGGAUUAUGUAUUUGUGUAUGGUUACUGUACUGAGAAGUAGUGUAUUUUGAUUUGCACAUACCAGCUACUGCUGCUAGCGAUUUUCAUGCACAUUUUUGUCUUUACCCUGUGAGAUAACACAGCUGUCAAGCACGGCAGAAUUUGGCACACCAUGCUGACCAAGCUCUAGUCUAAGCUUUCCUCGUGUGCCAUCUUAUUGUGGUGUCUUCACAUCAUGAACAUGGUUGUCUUCAUCUGAAUGUGAUCGUUUGGUGCACGAACAUAUGUGAACACAGUACCUCAAUAAAAUCUGGCCUUUGUUUGUGUUGUAUCAUUUCCCCUGACCUUUGUUUCCUCAGAAGAUUGUCAUGGAUCUUAAAAUUAUUUUGAUGGGAGAAUUUUCCAACAAAAAAGUGAAGCUGGUAAAAAGUGAAUUUUUGUAGGGAAGUUUUGAUUUCAAUAGCUGUUUUCAUAGGAAACAGUAAACACUGAAAUAAAUUGAAAUAAACAGCCACAGAUGUUUAACAGAUUCUACAUCAAAAUAUAUAGGGAAAAUAUUUUUUUGAAGAAAACUUUACAAAUUUUCCACUGGUGUUCCAGGUUGGAGCACUAAUUUGUGAAGCAUUGAACUUCCUUCAGGUAAUCAAAGGGCUCUAAUUGCACAUUUUAUUUCCCUGGAAGCCUUAGAAACAACCAACAUCCCUGUCAUAUUUGAGUUUUCAAGUCUUUCAAGCUCUUAGGCUCCAAAACAUGAAUAUAAAUGAUAAUGAUUCCUUUUUAUGUUGUAAGAGUUCUUUAAGUUCAGUGAUCAAAAGAAUUACUAAAAUAUUUAACCAUGCUGUUUCUGAGAAGGCAGUAGAAAGACGAUAUUUUCCAUUUGCAAAUGAAGCAUGAAAUAUUUACCUACCAUAUCAGUUUUUUCUCUGGUUACACUUCCAACUUUUUAAGAACAGAUCCUUGUGUGCUGUUUGGGAGUGACAUCUUUGUGUAUGAUAAUGCUUGAAAUUUAAACUUCUUUACAGCUAACCAGUGUUAUACACAAAAAGCCCCCAAGUGUUCCAGUUCCCACAUUAGUUGUGUGAAACAAUACACCAGUGCCAUGGAAAGAAAUAAAGAAUGUAGUAUAUGUUCUCUCCAUCGCUGUUUGCACUUACUAUCUCACUAACCUGUCUUCUGUAGCUGUGGAGUUAUAGAAAAUUAAAAUCACAUUGGAUCCAUAAAGAAAAUAUUCUUAUAACAGCAGAACAUAAACCUGAUCUUCCAGUCUCAACUUUCUUGAUUGGGACUGUCAAAAAAGCAAACGGGGCAAAGAUUCAUGAUUUUUGCCAUCUGGUUUUCUUUGAGGAUGUCAUCCCCGUGAUACAAAUUCUGGAUGUGUAUGCCUCAUUUUCAACUACUGAUAAAAGACUCACGGAAUAUUAAAAAAAGAGGAUUUAAGUUAUUUCAACUUCAUAUAAACUUGAACCGACUCUUUUGUAAUUUUUAAAGUAAUGGAAGAUAUUUUAAAAUAAAGCAAUAAAAGAAACUGCAUUCUGUUCUAUCUUGAGUGCUGCAGAUAAAACAACUUUAUUUUUGCCUCUUGGGCAAUAUGUAAAUGUUUGAUUCCUCAAGUGAUGAGGUUAUUUUUCUUUUGGUUAUUUGAUUUUUUAUUCAUUUUGAAUAGCUUAAUAUACCAAAACAACAAGAAAAGUAAAAUCAUAAUGGAAAAACAAACAAACAAACAAGCAAACAAAUAAAUAAAUGCUUCCAGUCCUUUGCCUCCAUCCAAUGACUGCGUUUUCUGGUUAAGAAAAUCCAUUUUUUUGCCCUUUUAGCCAGUUAUUUUGUAAUUGCAGUUGAGGGUUAUGAAAAAGUACCUCCCACAUUGGUUUGAUUAGAGGAUUGAGUAUGCUGCCUCUAACAGCUUUCAAACAUAAUGUGCAGUCACAGCAAGUGUGUGACUGUCCUUAAUGGACAUAAUAAGUCUUAAUGUACCUGUUAGGCAUAGCCCUAAUUUUUUGCCCUGGUAACAUUUUAAACUGAAGUUGUUUAAAUGACUGCAGUAAAGGAAACUCAGGGCUAUUCUGCUGCCCACCAGCCAUACCAAAGCUAAUAAAACUCACAGAAGUUGCUAUGAUCAUUUUUUAUUGUUUUUCAAUGCUGGGGAACUUUUCUGAUCAUAAGGACAAAAUAAAAAUGGGAGAAGAACUGUGUAAUAGUGUGCAAUAGGUGUCAUGGACUGUGGCAUAUAGAAAGUGUGCUUUGUCUCUCAACGUUUAUAGAUCUCAGCAGAGUGGCACAAGCAGCAGCCCCUGACUGAUUUCACUGGGACGGGGCCGGCUGGGUCCCACUGGGAAUUCUGGAACUGGCUUUAUCUUUCUUUGGAGUCACACUGCCAGAAGUGCCAGCUUACUCCGAAGUGAUCUACCUUUCUCAUCCCUAUCGUUCUCUAGAUAUUUCAGUAUUAAUAACUGGCUAUUAAUUUGUAAUCUUUAAUUUAACUUUGGAUCUAAGUUGAAAUACCAAAUCUGUGGUCCCACAAUAUCAAUCAAGUACUUGGUAUCUUAUUUAAGUACAAUUCCUGAAAGCUGUGGCCUUUGAAAUUUCUAAAUUAAGGAAGAAAGACCAAAGAAAAGUCACAGUUUCACUGAAUGCAAAUUAUGACUCUUUUAAUUGUUUUCCUAAAAUGACAAAUAUUAGAGAUCCUCAGCAUUGUUUGAUCCUUCAAGCUCUGGAACACAUGAGGCAGAAAAAGCAUAAAGAUUCAGCUACUUCCUAAGAGUAUGAAUGAGAAGAUUUUAAGUUUUCAUCUGUUAACCCGAAGCUCGCAGAAAUCUUGUCUCUCUUAAUUUGAGGUAAAGAAUUUAAAAUUUGGUCUUAACAGAUUUAGAAGAGAUCACAGGCAUAAGAUCAGAGGAGUGGUCAAUUAGUAGGUGUUUGUGGAAGAUACUUGUUCUUUUCUUAGCCAUUUGUUUAGAAGUUUAGAAAGUUAAGAAAAAAUAUAAUUAGACUUCAUAUUUUAACAGGUAUUGAAUGGUUGGAUAAAGAUCCAUUAAUAUAGUGCAUUAAAAGCAGAAGAUGAGAGAAUUCUGCAAUGAACAAAUCUUUGGGAAGUCAGUUCCUAGUCAUAUGAAGCUGUUUCUGGUUGAAAAAAAUGAGAUCUCUGCUACACUGAGAAACUGAAAAAAAUGAAAACCUCAUCUGAACAACGACCAACCACCACCAAGUUCCCAACCAGCAUUUGUUGCAGGAGUAGAACUUUGGAAACAGGGUGCUGGUUUCUACUGGCUGAUCGAUUAUUGCAAUUAACUUCCCUUUUCUGUCAUCCUAUUGUUCCUUAGUGACCAUGAGAGUGUGAUCUACAGGUAGAGAUAAUUGACUUAUAUAUAUGUUUGUGUGUUUAUAUAGUACAUUUGUAUAAAAUGCCUUUGUAUGGGAAGAAUCUGUCCAGAUAUCUCUGUAUCCAUAAGUCUGACCAGUAUGCUAAAAUUCAGAUUUUAGGUAUGUUAUACACUUGCUACUUACAAACAUGUUAAAAACAUUUCCAUUUCUCUUAUGCUUUUUUCCAGUCCGCAUCCUUUAGAAAAACUAUUGAAGAUCCUGGCUCUAUAUACAGAAGAGUUCAUUUUGGUGGCAACAAUAACACAAAGCAUUAAGGAAACUGUUCAAGAGCCUAAAGGCCCUUACUCUGUAUACAGAAGAGGCUAUUUUGAUGGCAACAGCAACAUCCUUGUUCUGUAUACAGAAGAGCCUUUUUUGAUGGCAACAGCAACACAAAAUGCUGAAAUUGAUUAGUGGAAACCGUGCAAGUGCAAAGAGCUGCAUAUAAACACCUUUUUUGCAGUUGAUGCUUUAGGGUACUCUAGCUGAAGAGUAUCUUAUGAGACCACAGAUUCCCUUUUCCCCUUCUUAAAAAGAAGCCGGUAGCAAUAGGGGGGGUGUGACUAUUUUUAACAUUAAAGACCAUUCUUUUUUUCUCCGCUCCAUCCACUGUACUGAGUGUUACACCAGCUGGGCCAAGCACUGUCAUCUGUGGGUUUGGGAAGAAAAUAGUUGUUCAGUCUUUUAUUGGCUGUGGGUGGACUUCUCUGCACGUGGGAUGGAGGUGUUGAUGGGGCAACAUCCUGAGCCUCCUGAGCUCUCACGCAGGCAAAACCUGUAUUGACUCCAAAAGAAUGUGCAGAAGCAAGACCCAGGGUUUGCCCCUAGAAUUGGAGGGAAGCAGCAGGGGAGAGCGGGCAGCUGGCUGGUGAACAUUGUAUGUUGUCAAUUCACAUUUACUACGAUAAUCUGGAUUUCACAGAUUACACUUUGCAAUCAAAUGACCCUGCCAUUAUCUCUGCCUCUGUGUUCUCCCUCUUCUUUCACACAACAUGCAGCAGAUGGAAACCCUUCAGAUGAUCAUGUAGGGUCAAGAGAGCACCAAAAUGUCUCGGCAGAUGGCUUUCAAAUAGCCAUGGGACUGGAAUUCAUGUGGGAAAACAGAAAAAAACUUGUGGAAAACAGGCCUCUGGUCAUAACCAUCCCUGCCCAAAGUUGUGACUUAUCCCCGGGGAGAAGAGCGAGAUGUUGGUUUUGUUGGUGAUGAUCGACUAAUUGGUUCUGCAGACAAAUGUAAGGGCUGUACUGGUGCCCUGCACACCACCUCCACUCCAGCGGGAGAAGGGCUGGAGGUAAACAAUACUUUUGCUCUCUUCCCCGUCACAUCUCUCUUUUCCCAGCAAAGCAGCAGAGCAGAAUUGACUGCCUCAUUUGCAGUUGCUGGGUCCCAGGAGAGAGGUGUGCUUGAAAAGGGAAUUCUGUGUGCUAAAAGGUUACUCUGUAAGAUGGAGAAGGUCCCAGCAAGUGCAGUGUCUGCCUGUGAUAAACUUUGGGAUUUAUGGAAGAUCCUGGUCUUCCAGUGGGACUGGCUAGGAAGAAAGAACUGAAGUAAGAAAGAAACCUACAGUCCUCUGAAUUUCUGCUGACCUCUUCUUCAAAAGCUGCAAUAGCGCUGCAGAAUGUGAGAGCAGUGUGACAUUCUUUGAUAUCAGCACCAUGAAAAAUUCAGCCUAUUCCACCUGCCCGCUGCUCUACGUCUCAGCCUGAGGACCACACGCCAGGACCAUAUUGAUGGCAACAGCAGCAGAGCUCUAGGGCAGAGCUGUCCCUCUGCUGGUCCAUGGCUGUCUCCUCCCGCAGUGGCUGCUUCUUGAACAGGAAUCCAACAGAAGCAGCAAGCGAGUUCUGCACUCUAAUAGCAGGAAACCUCUUCAGUGAUCCUUUGUGGAUCUCAUUUGUUUCCUGUGUUUAUUACUCUAUAUGUAGUUUCCAAAGCACAACUCACACGGAAAUGUGAGGCAUAUUUAAUUUAGACACAUUCUCAGAGCUUCCAUACUACAAAUAGUACUUUCUCAAAUGAGUAAAUAUAUUUCAUUCUGCCAAACCUACUGGGUUGUUUUUUUAGACAACAGACCUCACUCACAGCAAACAUUUUUAAUUAGUGGCUCUCUAGUGGUCAUGUUGCCUUCCCUGCUUGCCUUGUAUUAAAGACAGUUAAUUUCUGCGUUUAUCUGGUCUACUUGGGAUGUACUGGAUUUGCUAAUGAAGAGGAAGAGAACAAUAAUGUUGCUUAGCACUUAUACACCACUUGUUCCAUUUUGCUGAAUAAAUAUUAACUGAUGAAUCUUUCACAAGAGCCCCAAGGAACAGAUUAAUUGUCUUAUCUUUCUGUUUAGAGAAAUAGAAGCAGUGAGGUGAAACACAAUAUGAAAAGGAAACAGAAGUGCACAGAUUUUUUAUAACAUAUAAAAGAGGCCUGUAGAUGUUGAUUGUAAUUCUGCUCACAGUUUACACUUAGAUGUAACAGGAACAUUAAAUCUUGCCUUCUUAUGGGAAUUUUACUGGGAACUUGACAAAUGAGGAGCAGAAACAUCCUUAGAAUUGAACUGAAAGGUGAGAGGGUUAAACUAUCAGGGAGGAUUUCUCUCCCAAAUGUUUUAUUUCAACAAGCAUUAAAGAUAGCAAAGGCUCAGAAACAGAAUGAAUAAAACACACUUAUCUCUGUUAGGCACUGCUUCCUUGCCACUGAAGCAAUAUCAUCCUGCUCCUCCAUACACAGCCACGCUUCAGUGCUUUCUAGGCUGCUUUUGUGUCAGGUGCAGGUCCCCACACUACAGUCCCCAGACCUGUGCUUUAAACCCAAACUAAGCAAGAGAAAAAGAACCUGGUUUUGGACAGAUGAUAAGCACUGGCUGUUCUGUUAUCCUCCCUUUGAAAAACUCUCUGGUACUUCUUCGGUGGCUUUGGAUAUAUUUUAUUCCAUGGAGCAGAAAUUAAUCCCUUCAACAAUUAAGAUAUUUGAUUCUCUGGCAGCGUUACUGUCCUUGAAAAAACACAACACAUAAUUGAAUUUUAUAGCUUGUAUUACUUGGAAGGCGCAUGUGCCCUUUCAAGAUAGAGACACUAUGUUCUUAAAAUCCGUUUCUAAUUAAAAAGCCUCCCACUGUCUACACACAGGUGUGAAUGUUUUCUGACUACUGCUAAUCAGACUUCAGUGUUGAAGCAUUUCCUGUUCAAGGAACAGUGAGAUAAACUCAUGUAAAUGAAAGAGGGGAAGCAACAUUAGCCUCAGGAAUUAAAAUAGAUGGGCUUAUCUUGACUUCCAUUGGGUUUGCGGAGAGUAAGAACUGAUUUCAGAUAGAUCACGUUCAACUAGGUCUGAUGUUUUUAUAUAUAGUAUAUCAUGAACAAUGUGUUUAUAUACUUAGUGAUAUCUAUUCUGUAAGCUGAGGUAUGAGUGUAACCAUGUCAGUUUGCCUCUUCUUGUAUGAAGAGUGGUGCUGCAGCAUUUUGUGGAUUAGCUUGGGGCCAAACCUGCAGCAAAGAUGUUGCUACAGAUGAUUUGCCAAGAUACUAUUUACUGGUGGGUGAAGGGAGAGACCUUGAUAAGAGUUUUGAGGCAGUAAUGCUAAGACUGAAAGUGUUCAGCAGAGUAACGGAGAUAGGUAAGUUCUCAGAAGUACAAGUCCCCCUUGCUUGCCAUGAGUGCCCUGUAUUGACACCACUCAUGGUCCUGGCAUGCCCUCAUCAGGCGCCCUGGGCAGCCUGUGCCUCUGCUUUCAGGGGCUGCCUGGCACAUACGGAGCAGGAGGAACUGGGAGUCCUUGCACAACAAGCCUGUGCACACCUGACAGUUCUCCAGCUGCUUUGUUGGACCACCAGAAUCUUUUCUCCGAGGCACUAGCAAAUGUACAAGUAUUACUUUGACUCUGUAGGUAGAACUGCCUUCCUCAAGUGUUCCCUUAAUGUAUGCCUUGAAUAGCUUAGCUAACACAUUGCUUCUUUGUGUAUUAUCAGGGCUGCCACGAAGCUUUACAGACCAUGCAUGAUGAGAAAAAGCGGUUGUGCUUACACUUUUGCAGAGCUGUGGCUUCCAGCUCGUUGCAGCUCACUUGGCAGUGAGUCUCUUCUGGUGAUUUUGCUGUCUAUAUUAGAUUUUGCCAUAGAAAAAGGCUGUAUGACUGACCAGAAAUUGGGAAGAGACUACAACCAUGCACUCACUGGUCUGGAGCCAGGGUAGUCUGUGCUGCUCGUGGAUUCCUGCGAAGCCUGCUGCCUUCUUUGAUGGAGUUGUUGCUCACCUCAGUUUAAUGCUUUGUAUUUUUUGGUUCCAGGAGAAAAUCAGUGAAAUUACGAGCAGUGAUGUCCCAAUAAAUUUUCGUUUCAGUAAAAUAAGUUGUAAGCAAUCACAAGACAAAGACACUGUUAAUGACUUGCACUAUUACUUUUGAUUUAUUUUUUUUUUAACAAGGACACCAGCACAAAAUGCUGCACUUAAAAUUGUUUAUUUGCUCUGAAUUGGCCCCAUUCAACAUCCUGGCAAUCAGAGGAACCAGAAAACCCGUCAAUGUAAUUUUGGUUUUUUAAGAAAGCAAAUGCAACCAUGUACUGUGUCAGUAUGUUCAAAUUGAACCUCGCUGCAUCUUCUAGACUCUCUGAACCAUUCACAGGCAAAAAAAUCUUCCUAAAUCUUUCUCUUCUUUGCAGCUCCCCCAGCCACUCUGGGGGCAGGUGCCUCCCCAGCAGGGUCUGGUUAUUGCCUGUGGGUUUCCAGGCAUCAGUAAGGGCAGGUGGGUGGGGCUGAUCUCUUGCAUGAGCGUAUCAGAUUUUGGAAGAGAUGCUUAUGGCAGAGACCAGAACACGCUAAAAACCAUGGGAUCCUAGCAAAUAUGAAGAACAGAAUUGUCUCAUCCCUUCGCUUUUUAAUGGAGACUGCCCCUUCUGAUAUAUGAAAACGUAUUGAUUUUUCUAUUGAGUCAAUGAUAAAAUGUUUCUGCAGCUUUUCUUUUCAUUAGGCUGUGUUUGUUACUUGUGUCAAUAAAUCUUAAUGUUGAGCUAAAUGGAAAUUAUGUUCUAUUGGUCCUGGAUCUCUGACUGGGGCCAUCAGUCUGUUAUGUCCAAGGACAGCAUCCCUCAGUCGGAGAUGCUCCCUAGGAGGACAGCUGUGCCUGGGAGGCCCAAAGCAAGGAGUUACAGAGAGUCUGGCAGUUCUUUCUAGUGUUUGCCGGGACUACCAAGCUAGCACUUGGGAGUCUAAAUUGUGAACUUUGAGGCAUGAGGGAUAAGGUGAAUAUUAAUCCAAUUAUAUAUGUAACUGAAGCCCUUCUGAGAAGGAUGAGGAGGCAGCACCGACCAGAGAAGGACAGUUCAGAGUUUUAAUGCAAAGAGGAAAUAGCAGGAUGUGCAUAUAGGAUCUGGUGUUUUAUCCCUUGGAAAUCUAAGAGCAUUGUGUUGGUCAAAGGGAUUUGAGGCCUUCUGCUAAAUGAGGUGCUUGGAAGGAAAUGGGCUGAGCUGUUGGCUCUCCCCAAGAGCCUUUUUACAGAGUUCUGUUUUCACCUGGUCCUCAUCGGGCUUCCUCCAGUUUCCUUUGUCUGAAAUGGGAGGUUUUGGCUGAAGAAAAUUAUCUAUUAAGCCAUCUUUUGAGAGGACAAUGUAUUCUGCUCUGUUCCAUCUCAUCAAACAAAUCUUUAGAGGCACAUUUACCAGAUUAGGGCUGGAAAACCAUCUCAGGCUGCUUAUCAGAACAACAGCUUUGGCCUAUUGGGUGUGCUUCCCAGAGAAGUGUUAGAGCAGAGCUGUCUGUGCUGGCAAUGGACACUGCCAUGGCCUCUCUUUUCCAGGGAACUGGGCUGCAGCACCGGAGAGCUUUGAUUUUCAAAUAGAAGUACUUUAAAUAACAUCAGGAUGUAGUACAUAUUCUAGCACCUGUCCUAGGAGAGAAACUGGGAGCAGCAGGUUUCUAUUAUUUGCCUUUUCUCUAAUUCCAUAUAUUAGUCAGCUGGCUGGGAUUUUUGAUGCAGUCUUUGUACUGGUGCGAAAGUAGCAGCAAAUCACCUGGCAGGUAAAUCUCUUUUUUUACCAAAAAAUAAAUAAAGCAGUUAAUUUCUAGCAGGUUAUUGCAAUGACGGCAUUAACAAUAAAAAUGAAGAGCAAUCACACUUUGACACAGAAGAAAAAUAAGUCUGGGCCAAUCCUUGUCACUAAUGUAAGAGGCUACUCUCAUUUAUUCUGCUUCUUUCUUUCAUUACAAUGAGCAGAAUUUUUAGAUUGACCCUUUGCUAGUUAUCUUUUCUGAUACUGAGGAAUUCUAUCUUGUCUGCAGUUCCUAGCAUGUUGAAAGGACUGUUGUUCUUCACCUGGUUGCAGACAAUGCCCUGAUGUAGUCAACUUGAACCAAAUAAACACACAAACCAGGUAGGGCUUCCCUUAGACUGGCAGGACUUCUGCAUUUUUGCAGCUGUUGGAACAGGCUCUUUCUUGCUUGCUGCAUAUUGUCCUUUCACUGCUGUCAUUCACUGAAUCUGUGGUAGAUGAAGAAGUCAUAGAAUCAUAAAAUAAUUUGGGUUGGCAGGAACCUUUAAACGCCCCUUAGUCCAACCUCCCUGCAGUGAGCAGAGAGAUCUUCCAUUAGAUCAUGUUGCUCAGAGCCCCAUCCAACCUGACCUUGAACAUUACCAUGGACGGAACCUGAAAGGCAUCUUCCAGCUCUCUGGGCAACCUGUUCCAGGUUUCCCACCUCCAUUGUAAAAAAAUUCUUCCUUAUAUUCAGUCUGAAUCUCCCCUCUUUUAGUUUAAAACCAUUACCCCUUGUCCUAUCGCAACAGGGCGUGCUAAAAAGUUUGUCCCCAUUAUUAUUAUAAGGCCCCUUUAAGUACUGAAUCACCACAAUAAGGUCUCCCUGGAGCUUUCUUUUCUCCACACUGAACAACCCCAACUCUCUCUGGCUUUCCUCAUGUGGGAGGUGCUCCAACCCCUGAUCAACUCUGGAUUUGCUCUAACAAAUCCAUGUUCUUCCCAUGCUGAGAACUCCAGAACUGAACACAGGGCUCCAGGUGAGCUCUCACGAGAGUGGAGUAGAGGGGCAGAAUCACACCCCUCAACCUGCUGGUCACACUUCUUUUGAUGCAGCCGAGGAUACAGUUGGCUUUCUGGGCUGUGAGCACACAUUGCUGGCUCAUGUACAGAUUUUCAUCCACCGUGAUAAAUCAUUAGCUUUCUGCUGGAAAGAUCAGUGAACAUAGGGAAACAUUGCCUGCAGCGAUUGUUAAGCCUCCAGCAGAGGUUAGACAGGGCGGAUAGCUGUCAGAUAGGAGAAAUACAGAUAAAUCUGGCUUGGGACAGAGAAAUAGACUGCUUAACUGCAAUAUCCCUUCUAGCUCAAUUUGCUCAGGUUUCUAUAUAGCACAUACAUUAUUAAUAUGCAUAUUAGUAUCCCCAUGUGGUGCUCAAACCACAAUAAAAUUUUAUUUCCCCAAGAGAACAUUCAUAAAAAAUUACCUCGUGCCAUCUGCAAGAAUGAAGAAAGCAUGAGUUCUGCAUCUAAAUACAACAAUGUUUUCAUGAUAGAAUCCUGGUAAGCAGUGGCCAACACGCUGAAAAGCAAUGCCUGGUGUGAUUGUGCGUUGCUGUGCCCUGAACAAGGCUGGGGCGUGCUUGGAAUUGACGCCUCUUGAAUAAACCAGGAAAAACAGAGCCCCAGGUCACGGGGUGAUCACAAAGGACUGGACCACUGGGAAACAGCU